AUGGACCUUAGUCAGGCUGUUGAGUGGAGCCGUGAGGAGAAUGUGGAGUUGUGUCAUGCCAUUUUACUUAGCAGAGUGCCAUGGGAGGCCACUGAUGUGGUUAGCCGUGUGCUCAGCACAGUCAAGGUUCUGAGUAGGACCCGGAUACGAGGUCGCCGUGGCGACAAGACUGGUAGGCACCUGUACAUUUUAGUCGAGACUUCUGCUGAGUUGGAUCAGAGCUCUGUCCCUCCUGAAGUGGGAAUUGUAGGUGAGGCAGGUCCAUGGGCUGUUCAUGUAAUGAGUAGUUUGCUGCCUGCUAGUCCUGUUCUUGAAAGUGAUGGAUUUGAAGCCAAGCUAUUGUCAUUAUUACAGCAUGAAGGCAAGUCUAUGGGUGAUGUGAAGGCUGUUUUGGGCAUGCAGCCUCCUAAAUCUGAUGUCAGCAUGGAUCUUGUGAAUGCCAUAGGCCAGCUCGUUGAUCGCUGUAACCAGGCAUCUGUUGAUGUGCCUGGCUAUAGAAAACUGAGGCUGUUCUCUGGUUUAUGGCCCGUUCCCCCAGGCGAGGAAGAAUAUGAGGCCUGGAUGGAGCAGGCUACUCAGAUGAUUACUGAGUGGCAGUGCAGUGAUGCUGCUAAGCGACAGCGCAUUGUUGAGAGUUUGCGCGGGCCUGCUGCGGAUAUAGUAAGGUUCUUGAAAGUCAGUAGCCCAUCUGCUACUCCUACUGAUUACUUAACCGCUCUUGACACUACGUAUGGAUCGACUGAGAGUGGGGCAGACCUUAUGGCAUCAUUUCGCCAUACUUUUCAAGAAGAUGGUGAGAAACUUUCUGCUUUCUUGUAUCGCUUGGACAAGCUUCUCCACUGUGCUCUUUUGAGAGGAGGGAUUGAAGCUGCAGGCCUGAAUCGUGCACGUCUGGAGCAGUUGUUCAAGGGUGCUCUCACCACUGACAUUGUGGCUUUGUGUGUGUGA